AUUGAAAGGAUAAUUAAAAAACAGAAGAAGGAAGAGACCACAAAGAUUUGACUCAGGUCUGAAAAGGACAUGAUCUGAGUUUUAACAUGGAUUAAACCAAUACAAAAAUGGAACUGUUAAAAUAGUAUCACCGGAUUAUGCUAAUAAGAGAAUAUCAAAAAUAAUUCAGUAAAACUUGCACAGAGGCCAAUGAGAGAAUGACCAAACACCUAAGAUGGAACACAUCAGGAAGCACGUUAACGCUCUGAGAGAGACAUCUGGACUAUAACUGAGGAAUAAAUAUUGCUGUUUUUGCAGAAUGGAUGAGACAUCAGUCCAACAUCAGCUCCAACAGAAUAAAACUGGUGUGGAUCAAUCAGAAUGUAUCAUCACUCAGCCGACAGCCAAUGGGAUCCUGCCUCAUCACGACACAGGCCAGGCCCCAGCCCCUCAUCUGGAUGGAUUGGAGGACUGUGACAUAAGUAGUGGAUGCUCUGUGACGGACAGUUUAUCAUCCAAUGACAAUACUCGCCUCCUUCCUGGCUCCUCCCCCUCCUCCCAACCGCAGACAGAAGGAGAUGACUCCCCUCAGGAUCAUCAUCAAAGAGCAUCUAAUCAGAGGGAUACAAGCUCUGCCCCCACUAGGAUGGACGCCCAUAUCAAACAAGCGGCAGAAGGAGACUGCUGCGUUCACUGCCUGCUAGCCUGUCUAUUUUGUGAGCUCUCUUCUCUGUGCUCAGCUCUGGCUCAGUGUCUGCUUUGUGGAGAGGAGGUGGCCUGUGUGGAGACCUGUUGCUGUUUGGACAGUCUGAUUGGCUGUUGUUGUCUAGACACAGGAUGCACAGAGGAAUGUGGAGUCAUAGAGACCUGCUGUGGCUCGGCGGACUGUUUGGAGAUCUGCCUUGAGUGUUGUUCUAUCUGUUUCCCCACAUGAACCUAAACCAGGAAGAAAACCGGUCUGACCCAGGUCUGGACCAAAGCAAACUCAAGACUAAACCAAGUCUAAGCCAGGUCUGAACCAAGAUAACCCAAGUCUAAGCCAUGUCUGAACCAGGACAGAGACUUAAUAGUGUGCCUUUUGUGUCACUUUUAGGUCAUAGAUUAAACAUGGCAACUAAGUAAUUUAAUAAAAUGUUCAGAGAUGAAAAGUAAAUUGAUCGUCCCCUUGGUAUUACAUGUGCUGAGCAUAAAGGUGCACUAUGUAACUUCCUGUUUGUUUACCUGGAGAUGCUAUUGCUUGACCUAGAAAUGGUGACCUGGUGAGGACAAGACAAGAAGCGAGGACUCACCUCCUUGUUACUACCAACAUAGCACUUUUCUAUAGACAAUGAAAUCGCUUUACACCUAUUCACAAACCACUGUAAAAGGCACAAUGGCAGAGCAAACAGAAGCAUAGAGUUGAACCAGCAACCCCCCAUAUGCCAGCUCUUUGGUGCGUCCAUUCUCUACAGGCUAAUGUGAGAACUCAAGGGAAGGAACCUGUGUACAGGAAGCAAUGCCCUGUUGUAUUAUGUACUCUGUCACAGGAUGUCCCUGUCUGUUCCACAGGUUUUGUAUCUUUGAUGUUGCCAGAGGUCAAAGGUCACUGCUGACACUCUGUACUUCCUAUUUCCUGUUUGGACACACUUGAGGCCCAUCCCAUAAAGCUUUGGUAAGGAGAGAGGCAGGUUGUGUCCACUCCCUCUCCCCUGCUGUGGGUGUUAUUGACAACUGAGAAAUCAUGAAACCUUUGAAACUUUGUCACUGGAGAGGACAGUGAACAGAUAUGGGACGUGACAGUGGAGCCCUCUUCCUGUUUUUCUGUCUCCAAAAGUGGCUUUGUUCCUCUUUGCAUGACAAUUAAAAAUAUAUUGUCAAAGAUUCAAGGAAAAAUUGUUGGGAAGCACUGAUUUAGAUGACCCAUCCUAUCUCUCAGUCCCUGACGUGUUGACGUGUACCUGCCUGGUAGGACCUCAUACCUGUCUGGACCUCACCCACACCUGUCUUAUAUGAGACAUUCUCUAACCAUCUGAGUGUGAAAGUUACAGCUCUGUCCAAAUCCUCCAUAGAACUCCAGCCUUUUCUAUAAUAACUGACUCUUAUUUCUGCUACAGCACUCAGGAGGAGUGAGAGACAAACUUGCAAAAGGUAGUAGAGCUUCCUGCUUAACAAGACAAGUUUUGGGAGUUUUGAAAUACUUCUGUGCCUCCUCACUGGGCUCUGUUCUGCCCUGUUCAGUCUCUGCCUGAUGGUCCCACUGACAAGGUAACCUGUGAUCCAUAACUAUAAUGCUCUUCUCUGGUCAGGAAUAUAUUACAAUAGCGCCAUCUAGUGGUGAUGUGU